ACAGUAGACGACAGUGCCUUUGCAUUGCAUUCGUUUAUAGGAGUUAAACGUGACCCGGCAUUUCACUUCCGUUACAGAUUAUUUCAUUGUUUUGCAAGGAGUGACCUUGGAACAUUUGAAAUACACGUUUACAUUUCAUAAGAUUCAGGUGCUGAUCUGUGACAAUGGCUGGAAUGUCAAAGUUUGUUGAAAGUUUGCCAGAGAAUUAUGGCUAUGUUGUAUUGACUGGAGUUGGCAGUAUAUUUGUCAACAUGUGGAUGGCAAUCAAUGUGGGCAAAGCCAGAAAACAGUAUGAAGUGAAGUACCCACAGUUGUACCACCCUGAGCCAAAUCAUGUUUUCAACUGCAUUCAGAGAGCACAUCAAAACACUCUGGAAGGCAGCUCUACCUUCAUGUUUUUACUGUUGACAAGUGGACUUCAGUACCCAAAAACUUCAGCAGUUGCAGGACUGGCAUACCUUCUUGGAAGAAUAAUUUAUGCAAAAGGCUACUAUACCGGAGAUCCAGAGAAGAGAAGAUGGGGAGGAUUUGGUCAUAUCUCUGAACUAGUCUUACUUGGAGGAGUUGUUUCACUGGCAUUCCAUCAGCUGGGAUGGUGGCCUUGCAAAAAAUAGACAGGGCCAAGGAUUCCACCAAAUUUAUCACAAGUACCCAUUCAGUCACGAGAGACCAGAAACCAUGUUAAUAUAUCAUAUUAAAUAGGUGUAUUCAAUACUCUUUCCUUUUAAUAUUGUGUAGUUCAUUUUGUUGUGAUAUGUGAUGUUUUUAUAGCCUUUAAGAAGGUUUCUGAUUCAGUGUAUGAGCACAGAGCAAAACAGGAAUACUGAAAAUCACUUUAAGUUUAUUUUGGGGGGUAUUUAUUAUUUAGACUACAAAUGUAAUUUCAUUAAAGUUUUGAUACUUAUUUCUAGGUUAGUGCAAAUUUAAAGGGGGAAUAAUCCCUUUUGCUUCGAAAAUGUUCUAUGUACAAGUUGAAAAACACAUUCUAAGCACAAUAGUUUAGAAAAAAAAUCGAUUAUAUAUAAGAAUUGAUUUGUCAUGUUCGAAGUCUAUGUGAAGUUUUCCUGUUCUUUUUUGCUACAAAGUCCUUUUAUUUGAUAGAUGUUUACAUAUUUUGUCAUAAAUUUACCAAUAAACUAUGUGUUAAACUGAUUUUAUGUUGAAAUAGAAUGAUUAUUGGAUAAGUUGAGACUUAAUUCUGGAUCACCAAACAGGGAGACUUAAUUUAGGUUUCUUGACAAAACAACUAGAUAUUUGUAAACAUCUUCUUUAUUUAACCAUAUAUUAAUCAUUAGAUCAGGUAUAUCCCUUAAUGUGGAACUUAUUUUCAAAUUUGCACAAGCAUAUAGAACUAUGUAUAUGUAAGGCUGCAAUAAGUUAUCAUUUGCAUUCUAGUUUUUAAAAGUAAAUAUUUUUCUGGUAUUCAAUUCAUUGGACAGAUCUUCAGGUCAUUUCUGUUAUUAUUCUUCAUAGUUGUUUUUUUUAGGAUCAUUUCAGACAACGAUGCUGUAGCGUCUUUAUUUUAGUGGUUUCAUUAAUUCUAGUUUGUUGAUUUUUUUUAAUAUACUAGUACUGGCGUAACACCAGUAUUGUAUACACUUUGUCUCGAGUACAGUACAACAUUGGUUCUAAUAUAACAGUAUUCAGAAUAAGUGAAUAAAGUCUUUAUUGUUGUAAA